GGCUAGGCAGGUUUGGACCGGCGGCGCGCUGCCGCCCGUGAAGGAGCUUUUUUCCUUCAGGGGAGUUUGUGUACAGCAGGUGCUUUCAUCCGAGUGGGCGAGAGACGUUUUAACUUGGGAAACCGUGUGAUGGAGCAAGGUGAAGAAGAAAUAAAAGAUUCACAGGAUGAAGAUUUUCCAGAAAAGACUUUGAGUUAAAGAAGGCUUUUUGUAUUUGACAAGAUGUAAAUUCCACAAGGACAGAAUUUUUGCCUCUUUUGUCACUUGAUAUAUCCCAAGAGCCUAAAACUGCACAUGGUAUUGUCAUCUGUAAUGAAGAUCAUUGUGAAACAGAAGAUUGAAUAAAGCCUUGUAACAUUGGAUCUGAGUUAGAGAUUUAGAGAAGAAAGUUAAAAUUAGUCACUUUGGUUUUACUGUUUCAAUUUCAUAAUACUUAUUCUUCUAAAUAGGUUUAAUGAGUAGACACUAAAAUUCAGUGCUAUAUCAAAGGACACACUAAUCUUUGUUCUGGCAUUUAAAAAUUCUUAUAUGAGAGAAAAAAGUAGACAACCAAGAGCUAUAGUGAUUCAUAAUGAAAUACACCAAAUGGAAUUUUAUGAUGUCAGUUCUUGGCAUUAUAAUCUAUAUAAUUGAUUUAAUUGUAGACCUCUGGGUGUCUGUCAGGUUUUUUUACACAGGACAGUAUGUUUUCGGUGUUUUAACAGUAAGCUUUAUGUUGUUUGGAACACUUGUUGUUCAGUGUUUUAGUUAUUCUUGGUACAAGGCUGAUUUAAAGAAAGCAGGCCAAGAAAGUCAGCAUUGUUUUCUUCUACUUCAUUGCUUACAAGGAGGAAUUUUUAAAAGGUAUUCUUUCGUCUUAAAAAAUGGUUACUACAUGGCUUUCAAAUACAGCAGCAAAACUGAUAAUUUCCUGGAAGAACAAAUUGAUCCAAAUAAAGAAGUUAUAGAUAGAGUGACUGACUUGAGCAUGCUCAGGCUAUUUGAGAUCUACCUGGAAGGCUGCCCACAACUUCUUCUUCAGCUGUAUACCCUCAUGGAGCAUGGUCCAACAAGUUUCAGUCAGUAUGCAGCCAUCAUGGUCUCUUGCUGUGCUAUUUCUUGGUCGACUGUUGAUUUUCAAAUAGCUUUGAGGAAAUCCUUGCCUGAUAAAAACCUUCUCAGUGGGCUCUGUCCCAAAUUGACAUACUUUUUUUACAAGUUGUUUACCUUAUCAUCUUGGAUGAUGAGUGGUGUACUUCUACUACUCUUAAAUGUUAAGAUUGCUUUAUUUUUGUUGUUAUUUCUUUGGUUUUUAGGUAUAAUAUGGGCUUUUAAAAAUCAGACUCACUUUUGUGCUUCCAUAAGUAUGGAAUUCUUGUACAGGAUUGUUGUUGGAUUCAUUCUUGUCUUUACAUUUUUUAAUAUCAAGGGACAAAAUACCAAAUGUCCAAUGUCUUGUUAUUAUAUUGUUAGGGUACUGGCCACAUUGGGGAUCUUGAUUAUGUUCUGGGUCUGCCCACCCCCUGUUUUCAAUUCAGAUUAUUUUAUUCUGAUCAGUAUCACCAUAGUUCUUCCUCUUUUUCUUGGAAUUAUUUUUCUUAUUGUUUAUUAUGGGAUUUUUCACCCAAAUAGAAGGGAAGACAAGAAACCUGAUGAAAUUGAUGGAAAACCAGUUCAGAGAGAUUGUAGAAUAAGGUAUUUCCUAAUGGAAUAAGCUAUUUCGUUAUGAGAUGUUUUCUUAUUUUGUGUUUCAUUGGUUAGUAAAGGAAAAUUUGUGUGCACAUGUUUCGUCUCUUAUUUUUUUAGAUAAAUUCUGGUGUAUUAAUUGUGAAUGUGAAAGACAGAUUAUAAUAAUUAUUUUGUUAUUUAAAUUAGCUUCCUAUUCGGUUUUGAAGAUCUUUGGUACUCAUAUAUUUGCCUCCUGCUUGGUGGAGUUGCCAUCUUGAGUGUGAAUUGGAAGAAUUGGUCUGGGCCCUGUAAUUAGAAGGCUGGAAUCGAGCUGCUCUCCAGCUUUUCCCUCACUGUUAGGCUAAAACUGAUGUAUUUGUGUAGAGAACUGCAAAGGGAGAGAAGAGUAAACGAUUCAGUUUUCUCUCCUCUAUUGUCUUAGAUUCAGAGCAUAUAUUUUGAGUUGGGAUAGGUUGAGUACAUGAAAAGUGAAAGGAGGGAAAGAGGAAGAAAAACACAUUCUUAUUGAGCAUCUGUUAUGCUCUUUUCCUUGAACUCUCCAAUUCAAUAAGUAUUGUAUGAAACAGAGGUGUGUCUUUGAGAGGUUUGAAAAUUUCAUUAUUUACUUAUUUUCUAGUUUUUCUGAAGUAAUACAUUCCUCACAUUAUUAAUAUUUUUGUGUUAAAAAUAGUUGUAACAAAAUCAUAUUUUAAUAGCUUUAUGCAUAAUUUCUUCUAGUGAGAAGUAAAUAUUGGUCCUAGGGGGCAGCAGUAGGAGGACAUUUGAAUUAAGCUCCUAGAGAUAAUGAAACUUUUUCCAUCAGACUUUUUCCUUUUUAUCUCCUCACACUUUCUUUUCCUUGGAUCAGCCCUUAAUGAGUCCUCAAAUAAUGGCCUCUCUAAUACCAAUAAAGAAAUUGAGAGUUACACAUUUAGUGUUACAAUUUAAUAUAAAACUUCUGUACAGCUCUUGGUAAGAAGGGUGAACUUAUUGGAUACCACAUAUUUGA